AGUGCUGGCAUCUAAGCAGUGAAUUAAAUUAUUAAAACGUUGAGGGCUGAUCUGUGGGAAAAAGAAAAGAGAAGGAAAAACCUAAAAAAAUCCAAUUCUUGAGCCUGAUUGAUUACGCGAUCUCGCGGAUUCGAGAAGAUGUACCAAUGGAGGAAAUUCGAAUUCUUCGAGGAGAAAUACGGAGGCAAGAUACCUGAAGACGUGACGGGAGAGAUACAAUGCUGUUCAAGUGGCCGUGGCAAAGUCGUCAUCGGCUCCAGUGACGGAUCCGUCAGCUUCCUCGAUCGUGGUAUCAAGUUCGAUUCCGGUUUCCAAGCGCACUCUUCCUCCGUCCUCUUCCUUCAACAUCUCAAGCAAAGGAACUUCCUGGUGACCGUGGGAGAAGAUGAACAGAUAUCGCCGCAGCAGUCAGGGAUGUGCCUGAAGGUAUUUGACCUCGACAAAGCGCAGGAGGAAAGCACGAGCUCCUCGGCUCCCGAAUGCAUUGGUAUCUUAAGGAUAUUCACCAAUCAAUUUCCUGAAGCUAAGAUUACUUCUUUUCUUGUCCUGGAGGAAGUUCCACCAAUAUUGCUCAUAGCCAUUGGCUUAGAUAAUGGCUGUGUUUAUUGUGUCAAAGGAGACAUUGCACGAGAGCGUAUCACCAGGUUUAAGCUUCAAGUAGUCGGAGUUUCAGACAAAAGACAAACCCCUAUCACUGGCUUGGGCUUCAGGUUGGAUGGUCUGUCGCUUCUGCUGUUUGCUGUAACUCCAGACUCGGUGAACUCGUUUGCUAUGCAAGCGCAGCCUCCUAGACUGCAGACGUUGGAUCAUAUUGGGAGCAGUGUCAAUACUGUUACAAUGAGUGACCGUUCGGAAUUGAUAGUUGGUCGACCUGAAGCUGUUUAUUUCUAUGAAGUUGAUGGACGUGGUCCUUGCUGGGCUUUUGAAGGAGAGAAGAAGUUCAUGGGCUGGUUCCGUGGCUACCUUCUAUGUGUUAUAGCUGAUCCCAAAACUGGGACGAACGUUUUCAAUGUCUACGACCUCAGGAAUCGGCUGAUAGCGUAUACUCUGGUCGUCGAUAAAGUCUCCAACAUGCUCUGCGAGUGGGGAAAUGUAAUUCUUAUAACCGCUGACAAAUCAUUGUUAUGCGUUGCGGAGAAAGAUAUGGAAAGCAAGUUGGAUAUGCUGUUCAAGAAAAACCUCUACACUGUGGCGAUCAAUCUUGUCCAGAGUCAACAUGCUGAUGCUUCUGCUACUGCCAAUGUGAUGAGGAAGUAUGGAGAUCACUUAUAUGGCAAACAAGAUUAUGACGAAGCUAUGUCUCAGUACAUCAACACGAUUGGCCAUCUUGAACCAUCGUUUGUGAUACAGAAGUUUCUGGAUGCACAGAGGAUCUACAAUCUUACUAAUUACCUGGAGAAAUUGCAUGAGAAGGGUCUAGCAUCAAAAGACCACACAACUCUUUUGCUUAACUGUUACACUAAACUGAAGGAUGUAGAAAAGCUGAACACGUUCAUUAGGAAGGAAGAUGGGAUCGGCGAGCUCAAGUUCGAUGUGGAAACAGCCAUCAGGGUCUGUCGCGCAGCUAACUACCACGAGCAUGCGAUGUAUGUUGCGAAAAAGGCAGGAAAACAUGAGUGGUAUCUGAAAAUUUUGCUUGAGGAUCUUGGAAACUACGACGAAGCGUUGCAAUAUAUUUCGAGUCUUGAACCAAGUCAAGCUGGAGUAACAAUAAAAGAGUAUGGUAAGAUCCUUAUAGAGCACAAGCCAAAGGAGGCGAUUGAUAUACUAAUGCGGCUUUGCACUGAGCAAGGAACUUCAAAUGGUGUUUACCUGUCCAUGUUGCCGUCACCUGUAGACUUCAUCAAUGUGUUUGUUCAGCAUCCACAUUCGCUGAUGGAUUUUCUCGAGAGAUAUGCUGAAAUAGUUAAGGAUUCACCUGCUCAAGCAGAAAUCAACAACACGCUGUUGGAGUUAUACUUGUCCAAGGACUUGAACUUUCCAUCAAUCUCUCUAUCAGAAAAUGGUGUAGAUCAGAAUUUCACAGAUCAGUCAGUGUCAGCUGCGAUGUCCAAAACUGGUUCUGGAAAGAAGAAAAUUGCUGAUUCAAAUGAUACAAUAGAAAAGGAUUGUGUGGAAAGACAGCAAAAGGGACUUGAGUUGCUUAAACUGGGUUGGCCAUCAGACCAAGAGCAACCACUUUAUGAUGUUGACCUUGCUAUAAUUCUUUGUGAGAUGAAUUCGUUCAAAGAAGGACUUCUGUAUCUGUACGAAAAGAUGAAACUUUACAAGGAGGUUAUUGCUUGCUACAUGCAGAAUCAUGAUCACGAAGGACUGAUAGCUUGCUGCAAAAAGUUAGGUGAUUCUGGCAAGGGUGGGGAUCCGUCUCUUUGGGCAGAUCUUCUCAAGUAUUUUGGUGAAAUCGGAGAGGACUGUACUAAAGAGGUGAAAGAGGUUCUUACUUACAUUGAACGAGAUGAUAUUUUACCUCCUAUCAUUGUUCUUCAGACCCUAGCGAAGAAUCCAUGCCUCACACUCUCUGUAGUCAAAGACUACAUCGCACGGAAACUUGAACAAGAAUCAAAGAUAAUUGAAGAGGAUCGGCGAGCUGUUGAGAAGUAUCAGGAAACGACAAAAAACAUGAGAAAAGAGAUUGAGGACCUUAGGACAAAUGCCAGAAUAUUUCAACUAAGCAAGUGCACUGCUUGCACUUUCACAUUGGAUAUCCCUGCAGUCCAUUUCAUGUGUAUGCACUCAUUCCAUCAACGUUGCCUUGGUGACAACGAAACAGAAUGUCCCGAGUGUGCUCCCGAGUACAGAUCCGUGGUAGAAAUGAAGAGAAGUUUGGAGCAGAACUCGAAAGACCAAGCACUGUUCUUCCAGCAGGUAAAGAGCUCGAAAGACGGGUUUUCUGUAAUUGCAGAGUAUUUUGGGAAAGGAAUCAUCAGCAAAACUAGUGACUGAACAACUCAUUCUCUUCGUGUCUGAUGGGAGGGCGGGUCAAAACAUAAACCGUGUGACCUCUGUGUAUUUCUUUUGUUUUGUUUGGACAUCUGUGUUCCUGUGAUUGUGAGGUAUCCGUCGAAGCUCGAAUCCGUUGAAGCUCGAAUCCUUUUACUUUAAGGCUAAAAUAUAGUGUACAAGUGAGCAGGUAAUGCCGAUAUGACUGUUCUUAUUUUGCAUUUCUGAUUAUCUGUGUAAGAGUGGGUUGCUUGGGAUGUAUCAACAGUUGAAUAAAUUUUUGUAUGUUUUGAUUUUUAUGUUUGGAACUCCAAACGUUUUGUUUGCU